AUGUCAGGAGCCGAUGAAGAUGCUUUACCAGUAUUUCUCAACACAACAGAACUACAAUUCCGACUCAGUGAGAAAAGUCAGGCGAAGCUCUUCACAUUGUACAACCCAUUUGGACAUCCGAUAACAUAUAAAAUUUUAUGCACAGCCACACGCAACUACACAGUGAACGAAACGUCCGGGACACUUCAAGCCAAAUGCUGUCAAGAUAUAGUCGUACGAUGCAUUCAGCGACUGCCAGUUGGAAACGUUGACAAAUUGAAGAUUGAGAUUUGCAAGAAAGGAGCGCCAACAUCAAGCGGAUCUUGCGUGCUCAACCUCCUCACAAUCUCGAAUAACACACCGGACCCAGAGGAGCGCUUUGAAAGGAUGGCUCAAUCAAACAGGAUGAGUACUUCGACCUCCAGUGAGAGAGGAAAUGAUAGGAACCAGUCAAACAUGUGGAUUUGCUUGGUAGUUGGACUCUGCUGCGCGAUCGCUCUCUUCUGCCCAACUUCAGGCGAGGCGGAAUCAAAAUCAUCGUCGGUCCCUCCAAUCCUCCAUAUGUCAUCACAACAAAAACUUGUCGCCUCCUACAUUCUUGGUAUUGUUUCUGUUUUAAUUCUCCGACCUAUGUAA